AAUGCCCCAGUCAUUAAUUUGUGAUAUUAACAUCUCCAUAACAGAAAAAUUAGGAAAAUGAAAUUCCAUAAACUUAACAUUCUAUGAACUAUCUCCUUCUUCUUCACCUCCUUUGUUUAUGUGGUCAGUAGUUGUCCAAACCGGAAAACAAACAAUUCCUAUGAUAUAGCCAAAACCAAACAUCCAAAGAUUUCUCAUAAAACCUAGAAUUCUCCGAAAACAAAUCUUCACAAACAUGAAAACUGAGCAACACCAUGCCAACAGAAGACUUUCACCUUCGUUACAACAUAAGAUCAUCAAAACGGCAAAACCCGCCGCGUACUUUAUCCUUCUUUUGCUAACCUACUCCUUCGGUUACUUAUCCCACCACCCUGCUUCCACUUCAUUACCACUCUCACCCUCAUCAUCACCACCACAAUUUCCAGAACCUGUCAUUCGUUUCCCAAUCAACACCACCGAGUUAAACCCGUUCCGAAUCACGACACGCUGCGCCGAUCCAAUUCCGCCGGAGACAAUCCGCCGGACUCUCGUGGACCGCCUCUUCAACGGCACCUCACCGUUCGAAAACUUCCCGCCGCCGCACGCAGCGGAGAAGCUACGGCGGACGAAGAGGGUGAAGGGUUGGGGCUCCACCGGCGCUGUAUUCGAGAACCUCAUCCGCCGCGUGCAGCCGCGGACCGUCGUUGAAGUUGGCACGUUCCUCGGCGCGUCCGCGAUUCAUAUGGCCGAGUUGACUCGCCAACUCGGCCUCCAAACUCAGAUUCUCUGCGUUGACGACUUUCGCGGCUGGGCAGGGUUCAGAGAGCGGUUCAUGCACAUACCGAUCCUAAACGGCGACGUUUGGCUCUUUUACCAGUUCCUUCAGAACGUGGUUACUUUUAACCAAACCGGGUCAAUUUUACCUGUUCCGUUUUCAAGCGGGUCGACCCUGAUGUUGUUGUGCGAGUGGGGCGUGUACGCGGAUUUGGUUGAGAUCGAUGCGGGUCACGAUUUUUUGUCUGCUUGGGCUGAUAUUAACCGGGGCUUCCGGAUCCUCCGACCCGGUGGGGUUAUUUUCGGGCACGAUUAUUUCACUGCAGCAGAUAAUAGAGGGGUUCGGAGAGCCGUUGAUCUAUUUGCUAAAGUUCACAAUCUGAAGGGAGUGCAUGAAAAAACAGGAGGUGCAGAAAGAAGCAGCUAUCAUCACACAAUAGUCACAAAAUGGCCCAAACUGGGAAGUAUUCUCAUGGAGUUGCAAAACUAUGUGGCCCGGUCCAUUACAGUUAAUCAUACAUAAAAGGGUUGGGUGAGCUUACGUAAUGGCUUAUCUUAGAUUUAUAAUUUAAUGGCUUAAAUAUAAUUAUAUAUGUACAUUUUUAAUUUAAUUGUAUAUUUCUUCUUUAAUUUAAAAAAAAAUAAUUAAUUUUUCCUAGUAAGAUGUAAUCCAAUU